AUGCAAACCAUAAAGUGUGUCGUUGUAGGAGAUGGUGCCGUCGGUAAGACCUGUCUCUUAAUCUCAUAUACCACCAGUAAGUUUCCCGCCGAUUAUGUGCCUACCGUUUUCGAUAACUACGCGGUAACAGUGAUGAUCGGUGAUGAACCAUUUACCUUGGGAUUAUUUGAUACUGCUGGUCAAGAAGAUUAUGAUAGAUUACGACCACUUUCUUACCCGUCUACGGAUGUGUUCUUGGUGUGUUUCUCAGUUAUUGCCCCUGCUUCGUUUGAGAACGUUAAAGAAAAAUGGUUUCCUGAAGUACAUCACCAUUGCCCAGGUGUUCCGUGUCUUAUUGUAGGUACUCAAACUGAUUUGAGAAAUGACGAAGUGAUUACGCAAAGAUUACAGAGACAGAAGUUGUCUCCAAUCACGAACGAUAUGGGUGAAAAGUUGGCCAAGGAAUUGAGAGCCGUUAAGUAUGUUGAAUGUUCUGCAUUGACUCAAAGAGGAUUGAAGACGGUUUUCGACGAAGCUAUAGUAGCUGCGUUGGAACCUCCAGUGAUUAAGAAGUCAAAGAAAUGUACCAUCUUGUAG